UUGGAGCUUUGUAAACCUUCAAUUCUGUUAUUGGACGAUCAACAAAGCCAGCAAUUGAAGCUGCGGUUGAUGAUGUCAAUUCUGAUUCAACUGUUCUUGCUGGGAUGAAAUUGAAUCUUAUUUUGCAUGACACGAAUUGCAGCGGCUUCCUUGGAAUUGUGGAACGUUCAGUUUCUCAACAAUGUUUUUUGCACAGAGAGAGCAUUGUGAGCACCCUGGGAUGUUUGGUGCUGAUCUUAUGGCUCUUUGUAGUGUUAAUUAUCAAUUCAAGCUACACAGCUAGCUUGACAUCAAUCCUCAUGGUGCAACAGCUAACGUCAAAUAUUAAAGGGAUUGACAGCUUGAUCACAAGUACCAAUUCAAUUGGAGUUCAAGAUGGAUCAUUUGCAUACAAUUAUCUGAUUGAAGAGCUCAACAUAGCAGAGUCUAGAUCAAAACAUUAAAAAAAUCAGGAAGAAUAUGUUGAUGCCCUUCACAAAGGUCCAAAAGUAGGGGGAGUAGCUGCAAUUGUUGACAAGCUUCCUUACAUUGAGCUCUUAUUGUACAAGAUCAACUGCAAAUUUAGAACUGUGGGACAAGAAUUUACUAAAAGGGGAUGGGGAUUUGUAAGUGUUUUCUUAGUUUAAUCUUGAACGAGUAAUUAUUGUUGCGAUAUUUGAAAUGGCUAAGCCAAACUUCGAUCAGAUAAGUUUUAAGUUGUCAUGUUAAUAUCAAUAGAAAACAAAACCCAUGAGAUGUGACCAAAAUAUAUCAUUGUUGCAUAAAUUUGAUAUUUAUCUUAUAUCAUGCUUGACUGUUGGCCAAAUCUUAUAUGCUUCUAGGCUCUUGUAUUUAUGUUACUUUUUUUCUUUUUCUUUUUUUCAUUUAUCGAAUAGUGCUUAUGUCUAUGAUUUGAUUUCCAAGAAGAAAGUAAGA